AUGGUAUUUAAGCGUGAGCCUGGCUUUAAGCAUUUCAAAAAACAUCGUUCUUCCCAUCUGCACACAAACAACUUUGCAAAAUCUGUGGUAAACCUUGUAGAUGCAAUAUACAAGGAACAGCUGAACACCAGGGUGGUUUUGGUUGCUGUGGAAACCUGGACAGAUAGGGAUCGUAUUAACAUUCGCCCUGACCCUUUGCAGAUGCUUCAUGACUUCUCCAGAUAUCGACAGCACUACAUCAAACAACAUACUGAUGCUGUACACCUGCUCUCGAAUGUGACAUUCCACUACAAGAGGAGCAGCUUGAGUUACUUCGGAGGGGUUUGUUCUGUGACCAGAGGAGUUGGAGUGAAUGAGUAUGCCCUCCCAUUGGCUAUGGCACAGGAAUUAUCACAAAGUUUGGCUCAGAACCUGGGAAUACAGUGGGAGCCAGCAACCAGAAAACCGAAAUGUGACUGCAUAGAAUCCUGGGGUGGCUGCAUCAUGGAGGAAACAGGGGUUUACCACUCCAGAAAAUUUUCAAGAUGCAGCAUUGCAGAAUACAAAGAAUUUUUACUCAGAGGGGGAGGUGCCUGUCUUUUCAACAGGCCAACAAAGUUGUUUGAAACUCCUGAAUGUGGAAAUGGAUAUGUAGAAGCAGGAGAAGAAUGUGAUUGUGGUUUCCGAAUGGAAUGCUAUGAAAACUGCUGUAAGAAGUGCUCUCUCUCUAAUGGAGCUCACUGUAGUGAUGGACCCUGCUGUAACACAUCCUGUCUUUUUUUCCCACGAGGCUAUGACUGUCGAUAUGCAGUGAAUGAGUGUGAUAUUACAGAGUACUGUACUGGCGACUCUGGUCAGUGCCCACCAAAUCUUCAUAAACAAGAUGGAUAUGCUUGUGAUUCUAAUCAGGGACGUUGCUAUAAUGGAGAAUGCAAGACAAGAGACAAUCAGUGCAAAUACAUUUGGGGAAUUAAGGCUACAGGGUCUGACAAAUUCUGUUAUGAGAAGCUUAAUACAGAAGGCACAAAAAAAGGAAACUGUGGAAAGGAUGGAGACCAAUGGAUUCGGUGCAGUAAACAUGAUGUCUUCUGUGGCUUUUUGCUCUGCACUAAUCUUACUCGGGUUCCACGAAUUGGUCAUCUUCAGGGAGAAAUUACCCCAACCUCUUUUUACCACCAGGGGCGUGUAGUGGACUGCAGCGGCGCUCAUGUACUUUUAGAUGACGAUACAGAUUUAGGAUAUGUGGAAGAUGGAGCUCCAUGUGGCCCUCACAUGAUGUGUGUAGACAGGAAGUGCCUACCAAUUCAGUCUUUGAACAUAAGCAGCUGCCCUAUUGGUUCUGAUGGAAAAGUCUGUUCAGAUCAUGGGGUGUGUAGUAAUGAAGCCACUUGCAUUUGUAAUUUCUCCUGGGCAGGGACAGACUGCAGUAUUGAUGACCCUAUCAGGGAUACUUCCAACAAGAAGGUUGAAGGACCUAAGGGUCCUAGUGCCACCAAUCUUAUAAUAGGUUCCAUCGCUGGUGCCAUCCUGGUAGCAGCUAUUGUCCUUGGGGGGACAGGAUGGGGCUUUAAAAAUGUCAAAAAGAGAAGGUACGAUCCAAAUCAGCAAGGUCCUAUCUGAAGGAACUUAACUGGAAAAGCUUCUUCUUGCACUACUGGAUUCUAGGUGUGAAGUCUUUGCUGUCACUCUGCAGGAACUCAAUAAAGAAGAACAUUAGAAACGACAAUGACUAAAGUUGAGUUGCUGGGGAUGCAGUGAAGGAACAGUGUCUUUUUUGGAGAUAAGUUCAAAUACUCCCUUCCUUUCAUCUUUCUCUUCAAAAAAAGACAGCAAUGGACAACUGUUUCUUUUUUUGUUUUGUUUUUUCAAAGAAAGAAAGAAGGGGCAAACCAACCAAGUGCAAUAAGAGAACUGUUUCAAAAUAGUAAACUAGAAGAUUUUUUUCCCUAGCCUGUUGGCACUCUAACUUGAGUUCGCAUGACUUUUUUUUUUUCAUAUUAAAUGACAGACUCCAGUGGCAUGAGCAGCUAAUUUUGGAAAGGGUAAAUUGCAUGGCAUAUA